AUGUCGCAUGCACAAGAAACCCCGUCGUCUCCACCCUUGCGCUGCUCAUCCUCCCAAACAUCACCGCCACCAAAUCGCGCCACGCCAAAUCGCUCCUCGUCCUACUUCACAUACCCAGUCUCAUAUGCCGUCUCAGGCAUCCUGCGGCGAUUGAACACCGAAUCCAGUCCCAAUCCAGGACCUCACUCAAAAUCCGACAGCAACAGCAACCGAAACAGCAUAGGCAGGCUACCAGCACAGCUGCAGUCCACUGCUUCUGCCCUCUCCCACUCCCUCGCGAGCCUCGUCUCCUCCGAUUCCGCAGACAUGAACGCCGUCUUCCAACCCACACACCGCAUAGCGAGCCCUUUCCAACCGCCGCCGUUGACACCGCUCAGUUUAAAGGGGUGGAGAAGUGGAAUGCGAGAAAAUGGCAAGCUCCUAAGCAAAGCGCUGGCAGAAGAAAUUAGGCUGCUCCUGCCGCCAAGGCUACAACUCGUAGAUGAAUGGAGCCUGACGUACAGCCUGGAGCAGAAUGGUGUGAGCUUGGCGACUCUUUACAAAGAGGCUGACGAAUACCGGGGGAGGAGAGGCGGCUUCGUGCUUGUAGUCAGAGAUGGUAGUGGAGGCACCUUCGGUGCCUAUCUCUCAGACGCACCCCACCCUUCUUCGUCGUUUUAUGGCAACGGCGAAUGCUUUCUCUGGCGCGCUCACGUUCUUGCUGGUCUCCCAGAUCUGCAAUUAAAUCUCCCACCACCUCCCUCAGAAGAUACAACCAAUGCUGUUCGCAUGACAACCAUAUCAUCACCAAAGACAAAAGCCGAUAAGUUAGCCCUAUCAGAGAAUGGUCAGGCGACCAGAAGUGGUGCAAGUACGCCAGAGAGGAUCAGAUUCAAGGCAUUCCCCUAUAGUGGAGUGAAUGACUACAUGAUUUUCUGCGAACAUAGCUAUCUUAGUGUUGGUGGAGGUGAUGGCCACUACGGCCUGUGGCUAGAUGACAAUCUCGAGAACGGUGUGUCAGACACAUGUCCAACAUUUGGAAACGAACCACUCAGCGACGAGGGCAAGAAAUUUGAGGUCCUGGGUGUCGAACUUUGGUACAUUGGUGUCUGA